AUGACACACCUCAACUCCCAAAGGGGAAUGCAAACACAGGUUUCAAAUCAUCCUGUCACUGACAAUCCCUCUGUUCAAACAGGUCAUCAUGAGUUGGAGGGUUAUGAGUAUUCCAGUGACAUGGAUACAGAUCUGGAUCAAGAAAAUGUGUUUCACGCACAAUCCUCUCCAUUUAAUUUGGAAGCUUCCAAUUACUCAAAUUCAGAAUAUUCUGGUACAAUGUCUGAUUUGUCAAACUCAAAUUCAACUGUGGGAGCAGCAUCAUUAGAUGAUGAUUCUGAGAUGGAUGAACUUGAUGAGAACUUCUUACAAAUACAGGCAGAAGUUGUAAACAUGACAAAGCAUGUGGACCCAUGGUUUCCUGUGGGAAGGGAUGAGAAUGUAGCAGGACUGAUUGCUUUGGGCAGCACACGUACCCAGACUUCCAGAAAAUCAUAUGAUGGCUUCAAGCUAGCAUCAAGAGUGAUGCAAACCAAUCUUCCAUGCUGGAAUACAAUGUCUUCCCUGCAAAAGGUGCUUAGGUCAAUGGUUGGCAUAAGUGUUAAAGAGUUUGAAUCACCCCUGGGUAAAACCUGCCACACCUUAGUUAUUGAAGAGCAGCUGAGAUUGAACUUGGCCAACCCAAUUGUGGCCAAACAUCUCCAGUGUUAUCCUGAGGUCCGCUCUGACGGGCUUGUAAAGGACUUUAAACAUUGUGGGAAAUGGCUUCAUGGUCUUACAAGGGAAUUUAGGGCCCCAAUGGCAAAAACACCAGCUGGAGUUGUUUAUAUCUAUGAGCCAGCACAGCUUAAGGAUGGAAGUCUGGUAGUACCAUCACAUUUCUACCAAUUGGAUGGUGUGCUUCAUGCAAAAAUUUUGAAGGCAGAAAUUAACAUAUUGGGUGACUCUACAUAUCAAGUUUUGAUCCCAGAAGAGCCUGAAUUUGGAAUUCAGGAUUCAAUCAAUUGUGAUGAACUAUUGCUGCCUUUCCCAAAGGUGGAAAAUCUGGCAAAACUUUGGGGAAUUAAGGAUCACACAAAUCAGAAUUUCAUUGAUGAUGUUCGCAAAUGCCAUCGUGAAUACCCAAAUACCAACAAGCCAAUUCAAAUGGCUGAAUAUUAUGAAAAUAGAUACAAGGAUAGGGUCGUAGAGAUCCUGGUGAAUGAUGAGUCUAUCUCUGAAGCGCUUGGUUACAGCAAGGAUGUCUUUCGUUGCAAUUACCAAGAGGUCCCUUAUUGUCAACCAGUUCCUCCAAGAAUUGUCUCCACACGUGCAUCUUUCAAAAUCUGUGAUGAUAGAUUACCUUGGACACCUGCCAGAAGUGCCAAAUUACCAAAUCAACAAACUGCAAAAGAAGGGUCUUUUAUAUUACUCAAGGUCUCUAUUCCUCAAUCUCCUGAUACAUAUGAUAAACAAGUAGGCUUGGUGAAGGGUAUUUGGAGGACUCCAGACUCAAGAUUAGAUGAAAGUGUUGUGCUAGAGCUAGAAAUGGCUAGGUUAUCCAAUCACCACCCAUUCUAUUGUAUGAGGGCUGUAAUACUUACUGGCCAAAAACCAGUUUGGGUUCAUGAACAAAACCCUUAUUACAUCCUAAAUACUGCUUCACUGAUUUCAGCAUCUCUUUACAGAGAGUUAGGCCUGAUACAGAUCAUCCCAUAUACACCUUCAGAAAGGAUAGAUGCCAUCACUAUGGGCAUACACCAGUGGGCAGAUAAAAAAAGCAGACCAAGUUGGCCAAAGAAGUCAAGGCAGCCGUAG